AUGUUUAAACGAUUCUUACCAGCAUUAUCAGCAUCUUCUACAAGUCAGAAACAAGGUGAAACUUUAUUUGAUAUAGAAGCCAGUUCCGAAAAUUCUAGUUCUAAACAUACUGAUUGUUCCAGUGAACAGAUUAAUAAAUCUGAUAUACCAACUUUAAGGAGACGACAUUCGUUUGUGACUCCUUAUGCAGAAUCAGUACUUGAAGAAGAAAUUAAUAGAACUAAUGGUAAUGCAGAUUUGAGUAUUGAUCCAUUCGAUAGUUCAAACACAUUAAAGCGAAGUAAAAGCUUAUCAUUUAAUAUCUCAAGACGUCCAAGCUUUUCCACUCUACGAAAAAAAGUUCCAAAAUCAGUUCGAUUCGAGUCCCAAGAGGAAUUUAGUGAAAAAUGCAACAUGAGUUCGAAGCUGGUUACGCUUUCUAAUUUAUUUGGAACUUCAGAGUCAUUUCAAACAAAAAAUACGUUCACAGAGAAGCCUUUAUCUUACUCGCAAUCAGAUUUAGGAGAAACAAGCGAGUUUCAAAAUCAAUUAGAUAGUAAUGAAAUGAACUUACAUAGAUCCCAGGAAAAUAAGAUACAGCAAAGAUAUGAACUAUUCUCCGAAGACUGCAUUAUUUCAGAGCUGGAACCUGAAAAUCCCAUAAGCAUUCAAAGAGAUAUCUCAAAUGACAAUUUUUUACCAUUAGGAACAUCCAUCACUCAUGAUCCUAGAUCUUUGGAGGAAUACGAAGAAAGCGAAAUUGACAACAGUUGCUUGUUUACUGAAUAUUCAGCGGAAGACAAAGACCAUGAAAACUAUAUUGAAGAUCAUCAAAAAGCAAAUGAAAACACCGAGAGAUUGAUAAAUCAAGAAGAAGAAGAAGAAGAAGAAGAAGCAAGUAUCAAAGAAUAUCAAAUGAUGACUAUCAUUUUGGAGAAUCUCAUGAAGGUUGAAAAUCAUGAACAGGAAAAUUUAAAUGCUCGUACGUCAUUACGAGACAUACUAGAUUAUUCAGAAAAAGUCUUAGAGACAACAAAAUUAAAAGACGCUGAAAUCAAACAAUUGAAGAGUCAAAUCAGGGAGAAAGAUGAUGAAAAAUUUGAUAAAAUGAAUAUUCUACAAGAAGAAUGUACAAGAUUACAUACUGAAUUUAAUAGCUGCAAAAUUGAGAAGGAACAAAUCUCAAAAAAAUACGAUCAUCUAUUAUGUAUAAAUAAUGAAUUAGAGAGGAACGAAAAAUGUCUUAGAAGUGAUGUACUACAGUUGGAGGUUGAUCUCUCAUCUUCAGUCUCUCGAUUACAAAUAGAAAUUUGUUCCAGAGAAGAUCUUUUAUCUCUAAUCGACAAAUAUGAUAGUAGCGAGGAGUUAUCAGAUAAUGCAGACGCUUUGAAAGGCUAUAUCGAACAAUUAUUCCUUAAGAACGAAAGUUUAUCAAAGGCAAAUAAUGUCUUACUCGAACAACAGUUACAGAUGAAAAAUAAAAUGGUAUCAUUAGAACAAAGCCUACAAAGUACUCUAGAUCGUAAACAUGAAGCUUUGGAAUUACUUACAGAGGAAAACAAGAGAUUAGAUACCAAACUGAAAGAAUUAGAAUCGAGAGUAAAUAGUUCAGAUUUAAUUACUCAAAGCAAAUUUGACCUACAAAACAAGCUUAUUAAUGAAAGAAAUGUUCAGAUUUCCGAGUUUAAGUCCCAGGUUAGUUUUUUGAAUGAAGAAAAAGAGUACUUACAAGCCAAGCUUUCCGAAUAUCUUGCAGAUAUUGAAGAGGCCAAUCAGCAAAUACAAGAAGAAUUAGAGUUUAGAAAUCAAAUGGUAAAGGAUUAUAACGAGUUGAAUAUGAAAUUGAAAGAAGCCGAAAGCCAGCUACAAAAGGGAGUAAAGAUUGCAAAUGACCAAUUAACUUUAAAACAAACUGAAUUUUCAGAGCUUAGUGACAUUAAUUCAAAGAUGAAACAGGAAAAUAUAUUAAUGCUUGAAGAGCUAAAGACCUUGAAGGAAGAAAGGGAAGAUCUUACAGUUGAAAACAAAAGAUUAGCUAAAGACAACACAGAGUGUAAGCUUAAUUUAUAUUUGUUACAAGAACAUAUUAAAAAGUCAAACAAAAAUGUUGAUAUAAUGUCCAAAGAAUAUCUUAUGGUUUUGAAAUCUAAUGAAAUAAUUUCAAAUGCUUUAAAAAGGUUUGUAGUGACAACUUUUCAUGCUUUGGAACCUGUGAUGUACGAGGAAUCUAGGGCAUAUUUUGAAAACAUUUACUGUGGGUUAGAAAAACAAACAUUAUUUUCUCAAGGUAAAAUAAGCACGAUAGAAACAAUAAUUCAAUUCAUUACUCGAUGUAUUUCAGAUUUUAUAUGUCAAUAUUUGGAGAAUGAAAUUCUCUUGCAGUCAGAAGUUGAAAACAGAAAUAAUAACUACCAAAAUAUGUUAGAUAAGUUAACAAAGAUCAUGGAAGAUAGUAUACAGAAAUCGCACAACUCAAAAGAAAAUAUGAAUGAUAUUGGAACAACAAGAAGGUUGCAACCUAAACAUAAAAUCGAUCCAGAAAAUCACAGACGUGGAAUUUUACAAGAGUCCAAAUCAGUAAAUUUUAUAUCUUAG